CUGCACGUGACGUCUAAAGCGGAAAAGGACGCAGUUAGAUGUCUUGCACCUGUGUGGCGGUUCCAAAGAGGAAAUAAUGUGAAAACAGAAACGUAACGGGGUUUUGUGGAAACGUUCUUGGAUUUCAAACAACCUGCGACAAGGAGCCGAAAACAGCAGACGACAUGAUUUUAGCGUCGUACUUUUUGUUCUUGUUGACAUUUUCGUCGGUCGGAGCUGCUAAGACUGAAGGAGACGAUGACUGGGUUCAUCUGCCCAACAGAUGUGAAGUCUGUAAGUUCGUCAGCAUCGAGAUGAAGUCGGCUUUUGAUGAAACGGGAAGAACCAAAGCGGUGAUCGAGAGCAACUACAACUUUAUCGACGGGAAGGGGGCGCCGCCGGUCAAAUACGUCAAGUCGGACCUGAGGUUCAUCGAGGUGGUGGAGAACGUGUGUCAGAGGCUGCUGGAGUACAACCUGCACAAGGAGAGGAGCGGCAGCAACCGCUUCGCUAAGGGCAUGUCUGAGACCUUCUCCACCCUCCAUGGUUUGGUGAACAAAGGAGUGAAGGUGGUGAUGGACAUUCCCUACGAGCUCUGGAACGAGACGUCUGCAGAAGUCGCCGACCUCAAAAAGCAGUGUGACGUGAUGGUGGAGCAGUAUGAGGAGGUGAUCGAGGACUGGUACAAGGGGAACCAGGAGGAGGACCUGACCACCUUCCUGUGUGAGAAACACGUCCUGAAAGGGAAGGACAAAGCCUGCCUGGCUGAGGACUGGACCCCCAAAAAGAAGGGCGACCAGGCAGCCAUUGCAGAGGACAAGAAGAAGAAAAAGAAAAAAGGUGGAAAGAAGGGCAAAGGCAAGGGAGAGGAGGGGGGAGACGGGAGCUCGGAUAGCGAGAAGACCAGCAGGAAGAAGAAGGUGAAGAAGAAGAAGAAGGGCAAGUCUCCUGUGGAGAAGCUGGAUGGUGGGAUGACAUCAGAUGAGGACAUCCAGCCGCAGGUGUCUCUGUCUGGACAGAAGAUGGAGCUUUGAGUCCUGAUGUCCUCUGGCUCUGCUGCUGUUACUCAGUCCUAAAGGUCCCAAACAUCUAACAGGUUCUGAUGUUUUAGGACCAUCAUCUACAUCCCCAACCUUGCUUAGAUUUGAUUUAGAUGUUUGCUUCUGCUGUUUAAGAACUUCUGUUGAUCCAAACGUACGAAAGAGGAGGACUUCAGCUCAACCACGUUAGACGUUAGAUUACAAUCUGAGGUCAUCAGCUGUUCUUCAUGGGAUUAGAUGUGUUUAAAUUACUGUCACUCUAGAGCUGAACCUCCAUCAGUUAAUCAUCCAUUACCUUCAGAGACGGAUCUGUGGAACGUUCAGAUGUUCUGCUUCGUAUUAGUAUUGAGCUCAAACCUGAGCAGCUGCCCGAGUUUUCAGUUAUUUCAUGAAUAAUCUCUCCUGAAUGUUUGUUUUAACGAGCUUUAGUUUAAUAUCAGUUCUGUUUAAUCUGGAGGUGUGUGUGUGUGUGUGUGUGUGUGUGUGUGUGUGUGUGUGUGUGUGUGUGUGUGUGUGUGUGUGUGUGUGUGUGUGUGUGUGUGUGUGUGUGUGUGUGUGUGUGUGUGUGUGUGUGUGUGUGUGUGUGUGUGUGUGUGUGUGUGUGUGUGUGUGUGUGUGUGUGUGUGUGUGUGUGUGUGUGUGUUGUAUGAACUAGUCGACUUCACCGCUCUGUAGUGACUUUUUAUGCCUGUCAUCGACUAGUCGCUGUCACGUGAUAAUGACCGACAAGAUGCAGUCCUCGGAAAAGACAGCAGGUGACGAGCCCCUGCGCAUCGGGAGGUGACGCGCUGUGCCAGAGCGUCGGUACCGACACCCGCCGUAAAAUGGACAUUUAACCAAAUUGUGACCUUUACCCUCUUGCAAUUUAACCUUCCCCUCGCCCCCAUCCUAACCUUAACCAGCUUGCGCAUGCAAAGCUCUGAUUGUUGACGCGCUCCAGACAUCUGCGUCCUGAGCACGGCCGCAGUAACGUUAUCAAAUCAGGUGUCACCACUCAAAAACUAAUUAAACACGCGAUCGUUCAUGUCGGCUCAUUUCCUUUAAUGUUUUCUGUCUUUUAUUUGUGCCUGAUGCGUUUCGCUGCUGUGGAUCGGGGCGUAUCACCUGUUUUGUCCUCCGGUGACGCACCUCACUGAUGCGGCCGGCGAGCACCUCGCACUCCGCUGUUUUAGCGGUCGGUAGAUCUUUUAGAACUGCAGUUCAAAGGUAACUCAUAAGGUGAAUAUAUAUGAACCCAGGUAGCAGUUUUUCUUUAAGAUUGAGAGGAGAUGCAGGAAGAUAAUAAACAGACAAGACAGAAGAAUAGUCAAAAACAAGUUAGUUUUUGUACCUGGUGGUUGCAACAAACAGACACCAUUGAAGGUAAUCAGAAGUGAGGAACAGAAAAUGAAAUAAUUAUUUUAAUGUUUAAAGCAGCAGGAACUCCGAGAGGCUGCAGGCGCAUCAGUGAGUUUGCGGCCGCUGCGCAGGGGGAGGGGGGAGAGGGCCAAAGCAGAAACUACCGUUGUUAAAAGAAAUGUGUUUAACUUUGAAAAUGUGGGCGCAAUUUUAAUUGUCAAAAACUCCAGCGAACCAACCCCCCCCCCCACCACCACCACUUCAGGUGGCGUCAUCGACUAUUCAGUCGACUUGAUUUUCAUUAAUUGACUGUCGACUUUAAAAAAAUUAAGUCAUGCAGCCCAUAGUGUGUGUGUGUGUGUGUGUGUGUGUGUGUGUGUGUCCACGUCCACCUUUAGUUGUUUCAACGAUGCAAAGGAGACGUUUCCUUUAAUGAGACGUAAUGUGGUACAUUAAUUUCUGUUCCUGUUGAAUGAAGCUUCCAUGUGUAAGUGUGCUGUAAAAAGCUGCUAUUUAAGGUGUGUGUGUGUGAGUUUUUACAAGAUUUGUAUUCUGAGAUGAAAGUGCUGAUUUGUUGUAUGAAAAUUGGAGAUUUUAAUUGCGUGAAUAAAUCAAACAGGUCAGUAAA